GCGGCUCCGCGCUGGGGACGUGCGAGCGGCGGCUCCGCGCUGGGGACGCCCAGCGAUGCGUGUCAGGCGGCGCUCGCAGAGCUGCAGCAGCCUCGGCGGAGACGGCGGCUCCGCUCCAGUCGCUCAUGCAGAGGCACGAUGAGGCGGGCGCUGGCGGCCGUGCUGUGCUCGGGGCUCCUGGCCUGUGUCCUGGGAGCGUUCCCCAGCAGUCUGCAGAUCGGAGCCCUCUUUCCCAAGCAGCACUCUCAGGAAUAUUCCGCCUUCAGACUGGGGCUGUCCUUCUACAACACGGACACGCUGUACAAACUCACCGCUCAGACCGAGAGGGUGGACAUCAGUGACAGCUUCGCCGUCACCAACGCCUUCUGCUCACUGUUUGCUCGUGGAGUCUACGCAAUCUUCGGCUUCUAUGACAGGAAGACGGUGAACACUCUCAGCUCAUUUUGUGGAGCUCUGCACCUCUCCUUCAUCACUCCCAGCUUCCCCGUGGAUACCUCCAACCAGUUCGUUAUCCAGAUGAGACCAGACAUCCAGAAUGCUUUGCUCAGCGUCAUUGAACAUUACAAGUGGCAGAAGUUUGUGUAUAUUUACGAUGCAGAGCGAGGUCUAUCAGUGUUACAGAGGGUGUUGGACACAGCAGCGGAAAAGAACUGGCAGGUGACCGCUGUCAGCAUGGAGACCACCACGGAAGAAGGUUACCGGAUGCUCUUCAAAGACCUGGACAAGAGGAAGGAUCGGCAUGUCAUCAUCGACUGCGAGUCUGAAAGACUCAACACCAUCAUGAACCAGAUCAUCAACAUCGGGAAGCACAUCCGAGGCUAUCAGUACAUCUUCGCCAGUCUGGGAUUCCUGAAUCUGGAGCUGGAGAAGUUCCGAUCGGCCGGAGCCAACGUCACCGGCUUCCAGAUGGUGAUCCCGGAGAGUGCGCCGGUGAGCAAGUUCCUGCAGCGCUGGCGGAAGCUGGACACCAAGGAGUACCCGGGGGUGGACCUGGACAAGCUGAAGUACACCACAGCCAUGACCUUCGAUGGAGCCCUCGUCCUGUCUGAAGCCUUCAAGUAUCUGCGCAAGACACGCAUUGACAUCUCGCGCAGGGGCAACGCUGGAGACUGCUUGGCAAAUCCAGCUGUUCCGUGGGGUCAAGGCAUAGACAUCCAGCGAGCACUGCAACAGGUUCGCAGUGAGGGUCUGACUGGAAACAUUCAGUUCAAUGAAUUUGGCCAUCGAACCAACUACACUGUCAGUGUGCUGGAGCUAAAGACCGAUGGGAUGAGGAAGAUCGGUUAUUGGAACGAAGAUGACAAAUUUGUCGCAACCACCGGUGAACUUCACGUCAGCAACGACACGAGUGGUAUUCAGAACCAGACCUACAUUGUCACCACAAUAUUGGAGCCCCCAUACGUGAUGCUGAAGAAGAACCAGGAGCAGCUGGAGGGGAACGAUAAGUACGAGGGUUACUGCGUGGAGCUGGCAGCAGAGAUUGCCAAACACGUGGGCUUCAAGUACAAACUGGCCAUUGUGGCAGAUGGGAAGUACGGAGCCAGGGAUCCCGAGAGCAAAGUGUGGAACGGGAUGGUCGGGGAGCUCGUGUAUUCAAAAGCUGACAUUGCGGUGGCCCCGUUAACCAUCACCUUGGUCCGUGAGGAGGUCAUCGACUUCUCCAAGCCUUUCAUGAGUUUGGGGAUCUCCAUCAUGAUUAAGAAGCCACAGAAGUCCAAGCCUGGAGUCUUCUCCUUCCUGGACCCGUUGGCGUACGAGAUCUGGAUGUGCAUCGUGUUUGCCUACAUUGGUGUGAGUGUGGUACUGUUCCUGGUCAGUAGAUUCAGUCCCUACGAGUGGCAGACAGAGGAGUACGAAGAGGGACCCGACACACAGAGUCUCGACCAGACCAACGAGUUUGGAAUAUUUAACAGUCUCUGGUUCUCCCUGGGUGCCUUCAUGCAGCAAGGAUGCGAUAUUUCACCAAGAUCUCUGUCAGGUCGAAUUGUUGGUGGAGUUUGGUGGUUCUUCACUUUGAUCAUCAUCUCCUCCUACACGGCUAACCUGGCUGCCUUCCUGACUGUUGAGCGAAUGGUCUCACCCAUCGAGAGUGCUGAGGACCUGGCAAAGCAGACGGAGAUUGCCUAUGGAACCCUAGAUGCGGGAUCAACCAAAGAGUUCUUCAGGAGAUCCAAGAUCGCUGUCUUUGAGAAGAUGUGGGCGUACAUGAAGUCUGCUGAGCCCUCAGUCUUUGUGAAGACCACUGAGGAAGGAGUAACCCGAGUGCGGAAGUCGAAAGGAAAGUAUGCCUAUCUCCUGGAGUCGACCAUGAAUGAGUACAUUGAGCAGAGGAAGCCUUGUGAUACCAUGAAGGUGGGAGGGAACCUGGACUCCAAGGGCUACGGAGUAGCCACACCCAAAGGAUCUCCCUUAAGAAAUCGAGUAAACCUUGCAGUAUUGAAACUCAGUGAGCAAGGCAUCUUAGACAAGCUGAAAAACAAAUGGUGGUACGGUAAAGGUGAAUGUGGAAGGAAAGACUCCAGCAGUAAGGACAAGACCAGUGCCCUGAGUCUCAGCAAUGUGGCGGGAGUUUUCUACAUUCUGAUUGGCGGCCUUGGUCUGGCGAUGCUCGUCGCUCUGGUGGAGUUCUGUUACAAGUCCAGGACUGAAGCAACAAGGAUGAAGCUUUCCAUAAGUGCAGCCAUGAGGGCGACGGACAGGGUUCCAGCGCUGGGAGGAACGGGCGAGAAUGGACGGAUUAUGACCCACGAUUACACCAAGUCUGCCCACACCCUGCCCCGCAUGAGCCACUCAAGUGGAGCCAGUCUUGGUGCGACUGGGAUCUCAUAACGAAUUCAUGUAGGCAAACCCAGCACAGCCCAGAGAACUGGUCAAACACGUCGCAGGAACCUUUUAAUAACAAACUUCAUCCUGGGAAAUGUACAAGUUGUUGCAAAAUAUUGUAAAACUGCAAUAAUUGGGAGAAAGACUGAGAGAGGAGGUCUGGAUCUGCGUGGGACAGAAGGGUGUCUGUUCAUUGUGAUUGGGUCAUAUCUCUCAGGCAGUGUUUAGUAUUUCUGACAGCAAUCUCUCUCUCACUACCUGCUGCCUCCGAAUGGGUUCAUCAUGGGCUCGUCACCAAUGUCCUUCCCAGGAGCCAGGCAGCUCCGCACAGAUCAGACCUGUGGGCGCUCACACGGGGAAAGGAAGAGGCAGAUUCGGUGUAAAAUACCGGAGAGGAGCCGGAGAAUGGAGACACCACGGGGAGAGCAUCGCCACAAAAUAUCAACAAAAUACGAAUCCUGCCUUUGAAAUAUUAAACACCGUUUCUAAGGUCACUGUUUAUUUCAAGUAACUCUUCUGAUGAUGAUUUCUGAUCACUUAAGGAGGCAAAAAAAAGUGUUUUAAGUUUUUCUCAUAGCUAAUGAAACAGCGUUCUGUUGCCCUGUGCGGGACCCCGUUAGAUAUUUGCUCUUCGCUGUUACAUGCUGUGUAUUGUGUACGCAUCGGCCUCUUCAGCUUGUCAUUGAUGGUGCUUGUUUCUGUAAUUCUAGAGCCUCAUUUUAAUAGUUAACCAUCUGUUAGCAGACACAGGGACCCGAGCUGGACAACAGGCUAACAGAUGUCAUCAAGCAUUGUACUCAGCUGCACUCAGGAGUGGGUUAAAACAGUUUUAUAUAAUUGUUUGUACAAGAACAUUAAACUAAAUAUACAUUA